CGAGAAUCAGAUAUCGAGACAUAACAACAUGGCAGCACGCACUCCCAGCAAGCCCUCAUCAUCCACAGAAGGGUUCUUUCAACCCCUUCCCACUAUUCCCCCGUGCUAUAGCUUUACUACUGCAAGCGCCCGAGGAAACCACUGCUCAUCCGACGAUGUAAUUUUAGGCCGGAUCCUGGAGCUAUACCUUCCCCACAACUGCGGCAACGUGGGCCACUCCAUCCACAACCUCUCUCGCCGUGCCCUUGAGCCUAGUGUACUCCAGCACAGUGUUGAUGCAGAGACUAACCCGCCUGUUCUCCGUCCGCUCACCACAUUUGGCGAGGAAAAUCGAGUUGAUCCGCUUUGGACAUCAACUGGUUGGAAGGCGCUUAAGGAAAUUGGUCAAGAAGAAGGCCUCGUGAGCGUCGCAUAUGAGACGGACAACACAACCUGGAACCGCCGCGUGCAUCAAUUUGCCCUGAACCAUGUUUGGUCUGGUAGCGCUGCUAUGACAGGCUGUCCUGCGUCUAUGACGGACGGGGCAGCAAAGCUGCUUGCAGCUCAUCUCGGCGAACCAGACGGGGACCAGCCUGGUCGUAGCGAAGUAUUUCGUGAGGCAUACCGCCGCCUCAUCUCGCGAGAUCCCAAAAUCGCAUGGACAAGUGGACAGUGGAUGACGGAACGAAAGGGUGGCAGCGACGUGCGAGGAACUGAGACGAUCGCACGUCGACUGAGCCGUGACGAAUUGCUUCAAGAACCCUCCCAUCAUGAUGCGCACGGCAUGCCGCUUGGACCAUGGCGUAUUGAUGGGUUUAAGUGGUUCAGCAGUGCGACCGACUCGGAAAUGACGGUCAUGCUGGCGCAGACAACCAAAGGACUCAGUUUGUUCUAUGCACCAGUGCGGCGGCGUGCUGGCCGGUCGGCCUCAUCUUCGAGCGGGAUUGAGUUGAAUGGCAUUCGGAUGCAACGGCUGAAGAACAAAGUUGGCACCAAGCAACUGCCCACAGCGGAGUUGGAGCUCAAGGGUGUGCGGGGCUGGCUGAUCGGGGAAGAAGGCAGAGGUGUUAAAGAGGUUGCGACCAUCCUCAAUAUUACCCGCCUCUAUACAGCGGCCGGUUCGACGGCAGGAUGGGGCCGCGGACUGGCCAUUUGCCGGGCAUAUACGCGGGUUCGCAAGGUCCAAGGCUCACUUCUUGAGGACGUCUCGCAGCACGUGCGCUGGAUGGCGGCUGAGACGGUGAAAUACGCGGCGGCCAUGCACUGGGCCUUCUUCGGCAUUGCCCUGCAGGGAACUGUUGAGCAGGAUUGGGACCUAAUGGUUCGUAAUACCAAAGCUGCUGCCGUAGUCCCGCGUGAUAAGAAGCAAGCUGCAACUUUGCUUCGGCUCAUCACGCCGGCUCUAAAGGCCCUGACCAGCGUGGGUUCUGUCCAGGGACUCCGAGAAUGCAUGGAAGGACUAGGAGGGGUCGGCUACUGCGAAAACAACGAGGAUGGUGGGAUUCUCAACGUAGCCAGAAUCUUCCGAGACACGCUGGUCAAUCCGAUCUGGGAGGGUACGGUUAGUGUGAUGGCUGAGGAUGUGGCGAGAGUCAUUAUGGACCGACGGCUCGGUGAUGGUAAAGUCAUCGAGAACGUCUUCGGGCAGUGGGUGCACAACAUACUGCAACAUUGUCAACGAAAGUUCCCGGAUGAGUGUGCAUUCGUCACGAAAAGACUAGAGAGUCUCGUCCAAAUUGCAAAUAGGGCUGACAAGGCGGAGCUGCUAUGGCGUGGAAGGGAGAUAAUUGGUCAUUUGCAGGCCAUCGUCUGCUCUUGUUUACUGAUGUAUGAUGCUUGCACUGAUGGAAAUGAGGUGGCUGUGAUUGUGGCAUCAAGAUAUGUUCAGUCAUUUGCGGACUCUGGUAUACAGCCACCAUCUCAGUGGGAGGUUGAGUCACGGAAGGACAAGAUGAUAUUUUUGGGAGAUAAUCUGUCCCGUGCCGUACAUGGGAAGCUUUGAAUGGGUCAGAAAUUAAAUAUGUGUCUGACUGCUUGGAAAUGUUGCGUUACUGUGGACUUCAGUCCAUAAUACUACAUUGUUGAAAGAUGACAAACUCGUGAACAUACCUCUCACGGUGAUUAGGUGAUAACCAUAGAAAUUGGCUACAGGCUAAUAGCUCAAUCAGCAGAGCCUUCACAAUCAAUACAAAGUUCGAAGACUAUAAGAAUUAUAUCAUCGAGUUGCAGCGAGUCGAGAAAUAUAUGUUAGGUACAUAAAGCCAAAG